AUGUCGGUCGUGGAACCUAUAUUUUCUGCUGUUUCCAGCAACACUCAACAUCUUUAUACCUUGCUCCAAUGCAUCGGAUUCGCGCCAAAAGCCACCGUGCAGAUAACCCCGGAUGGGAUUCGAUUUUCCGCACACGACACGCGCGUGAUUCAAGGACUUGCCUUUCUCGACAAAGCUCUCUUCACAAGUUAUACAUUCAACCAACCCGCCAGUCGAGACGAGACCCAGGAAGACGACGAAUCCCCGGACGCUACGUCCUACCCGUGCUUUGUUGUUUCGCUAUCCGCUCUCCUUGAAACUUUGAAAAUAUUUGGCGCCAACGAUACGUCCACCCCCGGAACCAACCGGGCAGCCAGCGUCGCGCCGCCAAACCCGUCGGCGUCGAGUGCGUUCACGGCCCCUGCCUUGCUACUGGAUCGUUCCUGUACUCUCCAGUACUUCCGCGAUGGCUCUCCUCUCAGCAUCACCUUGUCCGAGACCGGAGUCAAGACUACGUGCGAGUUGACAACUUAUGAACUCGACGGCAGCGAGGUCGACAUUCCUCUUCAAAGAGAGGCCAUCAUCAUGAAGAUCAUUAUGCGCUCGGCUUGGUUACACAAUGCAGUCACCGAACUGGGGGCCACCGACCCGCGGGUUCUAAAAAUCUCCGCUUCCGCCAAAGAGGAACCCUUCUUCUCUCUUUCCGGCCACGGCGGCCCUUUUAGCGAGUCGUCGGUGGAAUUCUCCAUCGAGCAGCAAGACCAGAACACUGGUGCGCCGCAGGAAUCACAUCACAAGGUCCUCGCCGAUGACGGUUCUUCUCGCGCACGUGCAACGAGAGCCAAGCUUGCUCCUACCGUCACCGAGACCUUUCUCGUCAGUCCGCCAUCGUCAAUGGGUUCUCGCAUCAAGCAAGAUUAUCGGUUUCCUCUCAUCCAGAAGGCCUCCCGGGCUAUGGCUGCUGCCAACAAAGUCAGUAUCCGAGGGGAUCGGCAAGGGGUUCUCAGCCUUCAGUUCAUGAUUGAAUUCGACUCGAAUGAAUCAGGCCAAGCAAGAAGCGCGGUGAAACCUCCCGUGAGUUUCGUGGAUUUCCGAUUUGUCCCGUUAUUGGAUGAGGAAGCCGGGGAGGAUGAAGAGGGCGAAGAUACGAUGGAUUGA